CAGCCAUUCUCGAUAAUGCCUGCCUCCCUAAUUCCUCUUCACCACUCACCUUCUUUCCCACCUCCAUUCCUCACUCCCCACAUAAUAAUAAUAUAAUAAUAAUACUAAUAAUCAUCCCAUCCAUCAUUCAUCCUUUCCAAGCCAUACCUCUUUCCCUCUCAUCUAUUGCAAACAACGUAACUAGAUCCAUAUUGUUAACUCGGUUUGUAACCUAGAGCAGUUAGAAAUCAAGUUGAAGCACCCCAAAAAGCUAAGCAAAAAUGGUUGACACCAUGUUCGUUCGUACCAUCGUCGGCAUUAUUGGAAAUGUCAUAUCCUUCUUCCUGUUUCUAUCCCCACUGCCGACGUUCGUGAAGAUAUUCAAGCAGAAAACGGUGCAGGACUUCAAGGCGGAUCCGUACGUGACGACGCUGCUGAAUUGCGCGAUGUGGAGUUUGUACGGGAUGCCGUUCGUGAAACCGGACAGCCUCCUCGUCAUCACCAUCAACGGCUUCGGUUUCUUCCUCGAGUUGUUCUACGUAGCCUUCUUCUUCUUCUUUUCGCCCUGGGACAAGCGAAGGAAGCUGAUGAUAACGUUGCUGAUAGAGACGGUCUUCUUCAUCGGGGUGUUACUAAUCACUCUGCUAGUUUUCCAUGCUCCCCCAAAGAGGGCUAUGUUCGUCGGCCUUCUCUGUAUUAUCUUCAACAUUCUUAUGUACGCCGCUCCCUUGACCGUCAUGAAAAUGGUGAUCAAGACAAAGAGCGUCAAGUACAUGCCCUUCUUCCUUUCCCUAGCUGGUUUUUGCAAUGGAAUCGUUUGGACCAUCUAUGCUCUCCUCAAGUUCGACAUUAACAUUCUGAUACCAAAUGGUCUGGGAUCGCUGUCCGCACUGGUGCAACUAAUACUGUACGCAAUUUACUACAGAACGACGAAUUGGGACGAGGACGACGACGACCAACCACCUCGUGGCAGCCAUCAAGAUGAAUUCUCGGAGAUUCAACUCUCCAGUAAGGUUUAGGACAAACUAUUCGCCCCAUCAAAACCAAAUUCAUAAUAAUGUGGGAUCUUCUUCUUCCCCAUGGGAGCAUUUUUUGUUUUCCAGCAAUACCUUCUUUGUUUAUCGUUUCUACAUUGUUUCUCUUUUGGGUUUCUCCCUCUCUUUUGUUUGCUUUUGUUAAAUUUGGAAAAAAGAUUAAAGAAAAAAAACAGGGGAAAGACACAGACAGACACUUACAACCAAGCUAUGGAGAGUGAAAGAAGAAAUUGCAGCAGAAAAAGAAGAAAAAAAUGGCAUGAUCAUCGGGUCGGGUCAGAAGAUUAUAUGUUAUUAAUUUUGGUUUUUUGUUUGUUUUGUAGUUAAGAUGAGUUUUAGGGGGGCUUAGCUAACAAAUAAAUAAAAAAAAUGACACCAUUAACUUCCGUUGUACUGUCACAAUGCAAAAAGUAAAGAGACAGACAAGGCAGCGUUGUUAGUACUACUGUCUGGCUUGUUUUGUAAUUUACUCUUAACAUGUUCAAGUAAAUGGAAACCCAAAAAAGUGCUCAUUUUUCCCCC